AUGGCCAAUAGUGGCGAGGAUCACAGAGAUGGAAUGGAUUUGCUAGAGCGGAGCUGGCAAGAGCAGGGUUGUGAAAGAAGAGUGAGUACAGCUGCUGUACUACCUCAGCAGAGCGAAAUAUAUAGAUGGGGGGAGGGAGCCUUGGGACGUGCAGCUGUAGAGCUGCAGCAGAGAAUAUGUAUGGAAAAAAGGAGUAUGACAGCAUCGUCAUUACCGGGUAAAAGAAAAUGGAGACACAGACAAAGGGAGAUUAAGACAGAGAGACACGACAACAUCGAGACUGUGAGAGGAAGAGAAAUCCAGAGAAGAAAUAGGGCACAAGGCGUUUGA